UCGAUCUUACAUGUGGGAUAAGGCCUUCUAAAUUCUGCUGCCUGCCUAGGGCUGAGUGACACUCACUACACUUUGAAACCAGUGGCUGUAGUUGAAUUCUUGAAAACACAAAACUGGACAUGUCUAACCACACUGAUCAGGAAUCAUACGAGGAGAUCGAUGAAGAUGAGAUUCUGGCAGGCCUGUCGGCGGAGGAGCUCAAACAGCUCCAGAGUGAGAUGGACGACAUCGCUCCUGACGAGAGAGUGCCGGUGGGAAUGAGACAGAGAGAUGCUUCUCAAAAGACAACAGUCCAAGAGUGCAGUGAGCCCCAGUCAGAAGAGGAGAUCGAUGAGGAUGAGAUUCUGGCAGGCCUCUCAGCAGAGGAGCUCAAGCAGCUCCAGAAUGAGAUGGAAGUAAUCGCUCCUGAUGACAGAGUGCCAGUGGGAAUGAGACAGAGAGACCAAACUGACAAACCACCCACUGGAUCAUUUGAUCACAGAUCACUGGUGGAAUAUAUGUACUGGGAGAAAGAGUCCAAACGUAUGCUGGAGGAGGAGAGAGUUCCCACAACUCUUUUACCCAGUCAGAAGAAAGCCCAAGAGGAGCUUGAAGCAGAAAAAGAAGAUAAAGUUGAAGAGGUGGAAUAUGUCUAUGAGGAGAUCAUGGAGGAGGUUGAAGGAGGAGAGGGAGAUGUUGUUGUUGAUGAAGUGAUUGAAGAAGUGAUAAUGGAGGUUGAAGAAAUCCAGCCUGUCAAGAUAGAACCUGAUGCAACUGUCCCUGUAGUGAACUCAGAAGAUGAUUUACAGCCUCCUCCAGAAAUUGCAGAUACUAAAGUUGAAGACAAGACUGAACAAUCACGACUUAAUGAGACAGAAUCUAAAGCGAAUGAGGAGACAAAAGAUUCCACUCGGUCUGAAAAUGCUCCCUCAUCAUAUGAGAACUGGGUUCCGGAGAAAGAGGAAAGGGUCAUAUCCAAGCUGAAGAUCCCAAAAUUUGCACUAGGUGGAAGCACUUUAGUUAAAAAGACUGCAAGACCUUCUGGAAAUGAAACCAAUUUGGAGACAACUUUGGAUAAAAUCCGCAACAACAGCCCCUCUGUCAAAGAUGUCAAUCUUAACAACAUUGAAAACAUUCCCAAAGAAAUGCUCCUUGAUUACGUUGACGCACUCAAGAAGAACAGACAUGUUAAAACAUUUAGUAUUGCAAACACUGGUGCAGAUGAAAACGUGGCCUUCGCUCUGGCCAACAUGCUCAGAGAGAAUAGAAGUAUCACCACGCUAAAUAUUGAAUCCAAUUUUAUCACAGGAAAGGGGAUUGUUGCAAUAAUACGCUGCCUCCAGUUCAAUGAGACACUCACUGAGCUCCGCUUCCACAACCAAAGGCACAUGCUAGGACACCAUGCAGAAAUGGAAGUGUCUCGUCUCCUCAAGGCUAACAACACCCUUCUGAAGAUGGGCUACCACUUUGAAGUCCCUGGGCCUCGGAUGGUGGUCACCAAUCUCCUCACCAGGAACUUGGACCGUCAGCGGCAGCAGAGAAUGGAGGAGCAGAAGCUCCAGCAGAUGAAAGAGCAAAGAAAGGUCAUGGAGAUGUAUAAGAACUCUCUGGACUUGCCCCCUGGCAUGUUGGAAAUGCUAGGCAACUACAUACCAUUGUCCCUAUUGCAGGGUUCUGAUAAUGGGGCUGAGGAGAUUCCUGAAGAUUCUCCUGAACCUUCACCACAACCAAGUCCUCCUCAUCAGCUCCGCAAGACUCAAUAUCCUGCCCCACAACAGCAUCCUACUAGUUCAGACAAAGGAAACCUCUUAGAUGAAGUACAUCUAAAAAAGACUCAGAAAAGAAGGGAUCCGCUUCUGGAACUGAACACAAGGUAUGAAAGGAAAGAGGGAAGAGAUAAUGUUCAGCUGAGGAGUGUUCCUAAACAAAGAAGCCCGGCAAGAGAAGGUCUUGCAGAUGAUAGAGCCAACCUGAAAGAUAUGAUAAAGACUCUAAAGCCUGUUCCUAGAAGACGACAACCCCCUAAAGUGGAGUUAACACCACGGGAUCAGUUGCUCAGCGAGAUUCGACAGAGCAAUGUGGCCUAUCUCAAAGCGGUACCUCUUCCAAAAAUCCUGGAGUCAAGAGAAACCAGUCUCUUCUGAGCCACACACUUUACUUUAUAUAGAGAUCGCACAGAGGGACAGGGCCAACAUCAGAUUGGUCAUGGAGAGAGUGUGGUUCGUGUGGCCAAACAAUACCAUGAUGCUCCUCAAUUAAUGGAGAAAGUGGAGUGUACUGAUAUGAUUUGACCCAGGGGGUUGGGAAAGGAGAGAGCUGUACUCCUUUGGACAAGUGAACAGUAACAUAACAAUAAGCCACAACACGGUGCACUUUGAUGGGGUCCUGAACUGUAAAAUUCAACAUGCAGUUCUGUUUAUAUUAAAGAACAGGUCAUAUGGUAUUUUAAAGUGUCCUAAUAUUGUGUUGGAGUCCCCUAAAACAGGUUUAAAUGCAUCUAAGGUCAGAAAACAUUGUAAUUUUCUCAGAAUAUACAUUUAAUAUUAGAGUCAUUUGCCAAUGAUUAGGAAACAAUUAUUUCCAAGCAAGUUUGGAGCAAACCCCUCCCAUUCCACAAGCCUACUCAGCUCCGAUUGGUCAGCUGGCCAAGCCUGUUGUGAUUGGCAGAGAGAGAAGUCCUUGAGCCAGUUAAAGAGUGCUACCAUUGACAAAGCACCUUCACAUAAAACAAUAAUAUAGUGCGCAAAUCCGUUCUUAUGAUAAUGACAUAAAACAUUUAGUUUAACACGUAUGCUAGCGAAUCAUGCCUACAGCUAAAGUUUAUCUGCUAAACUGUGAACA